AUGCAGGUGGGCCAAGCAUGGUGCUAUUCCCGGCUGCCGCAGUUUCAGGAGAGCAAAGCAAGCAAGCGGGGUGAGCUCGAGGAGCUUCAUGAUCAACGGUUACAUACCUCGCUCGUGAGGAGUAGAGCGCCUCGUGUGCCUUGGCGCCAGAUCAUCUGCACCAAAUCAAUCAUGCCCGAACGUCAUGGGACACUCCACGGCAAAGUGGCGAUCGUGACUGGCGGGAGCAUGGGUCUUGGUGAAGGUACUGUCUUCGAUAUCAACAAGGACCUUGGCCAGAAGCUCGUUCAAACCCUUCUAGAGAAAUCCGUAUCUUUCUUCAAAGGCGACGUCACAAACGAGAACCCAUGGACCGCCGCCCUCAAGCACGUCCUCGACACCUUCGACCAGCUUGACAUCGUCGUCAACAACGCCGGGGUCGUGCAUCGCAGUGCUCCCAGCUACGAAGUCCCCCAAUCUGAACCCAAGGCCAAAGGCCACGGGGUAUUCGUCAAUGUCUCUUCGAUUUCUGCGCCGAGGUCGAGGCCGAAUUUGGUGUGGUAUGCGGGGAGUAAGGGGGCUGUUAGUGCUAUCACGAAAGGACUCGCGGCCGAGUUUGCGCCUGCGGGCGUGAGGUGUAAUGCGAUUUGUCCUGUGGUCGCAGAGACGGGGAUGGUGAGUAGUGUGUUGGGUGGGACUGAUACGCCUGAGGGAAGACAGAGGCUGCUUGCUGCGAUUCCUAUGGGCAGGAUUGGGGAGCCGAAGGAAAUUGGGAAUGCUGCGGCUUUUCUGGCGAGUGAGGAGAGUAGUUUUAUCACGGGGAUUGAGUUUCCGGGUGUGUAG